CCUCCUUCCUCCCCUCCUCCUCCUCCUUGUCCGACUUUGUUGCUCUCCUGCCCCGCUAAUCCGUCUCCAGUCUCUCCGGGGAGCCGAAGAACAACUCGACAAACUCCCAACCAUGGAAGAAGACAAUAUAAUAAUGCCUGUUUGACUCGGGGGGAGACAUUUUCCAAGAUGCCAGGCCCUUUGUCCAGUCCUGUGUGUCUGACAGUCAUCUGGUUUUUAUCUUGGUCACUUCGUCCCAGUCGUGCUCAGAUUCGGACCGAUGAAGUGUCAGGCGUGCAGUAUGGGCGCUUGGGGUCGAAUGUGACACUGGCAUGUGGGAAGUCACCAACCGGGAUACCUGUGGUGUGGCAUCUCAACCUCAGCUCAGCGUUGCCAUGGCACAAAGUGACAUCAGAUGGGAGCUUAGUCCUGCUGCACGUCGACCACUCAGCACAGGGCAACUACAGCUGCUAUGACAACCGGGGGCUCCUCCUCCACUCCGUCAAGCUCCGCCUGGGCUAUCCCCCUGGGCUGCUGAGCAUUUCCUGUCAAGUGCCCAAUCACACACAUGUUCGCUGCUCCUGGGUGGAAUCGGUAAAGACAUUCCUGCCAGCCAAGUACAAUGCCUCCUUCAGGGGGAUUGGCCAGGACUGGAGGCCAUGCAUUCUAAACGUCGCCCGCAGGCACUGUGACGUCUAUCACCCUGCUUUCUGGCAGCCCAUCCAUACCCUGAGAAUCAUCGAGACCAAUGGCCUGGGGUCCGAGACAACAUAUGUCCAGUUUAAGUUACAUGUACUAUUGAAGCCAGACCCUCCAGAGUCGGUGUUGGUGAACGAGCUAGAAGGCUAUUCAAAGAGGCUGAUCGUCUCAUGGAACAUUCCCUCCUCCUGGCCGGUGCAUGAUGCUUUCCCCCUUGUGUUUCAUAUCAGAUACAGGCCACUGGGCUCUAUGUACUGGUCAGAGAUUUUCUCUCAGGAGAGUCCAGUCGUGAUAUUUGACGCACUGGCUGGCCACCUCCACCAGGUUCAGGUUCGAGCCCGAGACGAGUUGAACUCUGACAGCCAGUGGAGUGAAUGGAGUCCCCUGCUUCUCGUCCGGCCCUGGGAAGUCUACACCACCCCUCAACCUGAAGAGGAGCUAGAGGACUAUUUUGUUCCAUUCAUCACAAAACCUGAAACCUCUACGGCAAAGUCACACAGUUGAUUUCAAGCAUUGUCUCCUCAUCAGCCCGUUCUAGGGCUCCUCCCAGGAGUCAGCCCCUGCCUUUACCACUGUAGAAUGCUGGCCGUCCGUAUUUAACUACACUAACCAGAAUGCAUCCAGAAUCCAGGACAACAGGGACUAUACAAGGAACUUUGUGGAGUAGGAUAAAGUUACCUAGUGUAUAAAAGCUGACUGAAGGGUACGUUUUGCAAGAUGUCCCUGGACAUAUUCAGUGGUCACAUCUAACUGCACUGCCCAUAAUGCAGCAGCAGACUCCGCCUACUGUCGACUGGGACAGGGAAAACAGACCCUACUCUGUUACUUUACGUUCACUUCAGCAACUUCAUUGCAGUUCACUCCCUGAAGGAGUGACACUGCGUCUGGACAUUUCAACCAAUGCUGCUUCAGGUGGACUGACUCCUCAGCCUGUAUGGAGAGGAAUGACCUUGUUUAUUUUUAACUUUUGAGCAACAAGUAAGGAAAGUGCAGCUGCCAAACAGGAGAACAUUGGCUUUUCUGGGACAACUCGCCUCUCUUCUCCCACCCAGAGCUCCUCAUGUUGUUUUAUUUGAAUUUUUUUUUUAGAUUCAUUGUGAGAAGUCUGUUAUUACAUCGACUGACCGACCGACUCAAUGCUGUGAAGGAAGCAUAACUUUUGCCAGUCUCUCUGUGUGCGUCUGAUGCCAAAGCAGCAACUACGGGCAUUAUGGUCUCAGCUGAGAGGCAACCUGUACUGGCUCUUGAACUGAGGGAUGGGCAUGGAGAAUAAG